CUCCUACUCCAGGUAGAUUCGAAAUUGACGUCAGACCCCUUCGUAAUUUGACGUGUAAACAUUUUUUUUUUUUCCUUUUCAUGGUUUACUCCGUGGCUUUCAACGUCAACUCAACAAGGCAAAGAAGCGGCUGUGGGUUCGCUUCCUCUCUCCCGGUUGCCAGACAUAUCUGUAGAUAGCCUACAUGUACAUAGCAGCCAUCAUAAACAUUACCGGUUAAGGAGCAAGCGCGUAUUUAUUUAUUGGUCUAUUUAGUUUAGUUUUUUUUUUUCGUUCUUCUUUUCCCACAUCUUCCUUGGUGGCUUUGUAAAUACAGCAAAUCAAUAUAUUUAAUAUAGUUGUAUUUUCUGCAAUGGAUGUGAGAUGUCGCCCGCUGGUGAUGUACUCAGCUGCUCUCGUGGUUUUCUGCGCGCUCGCUCGCGCCGUGGACGCUUCUGCCGAGAACAGACAGUAUCUGAACGAAUGGGCGGUGGAAAUUCCAGGCGGACCCGACGCCGCUCGGGCAAUCGCCGAAGAAUUGGGCUACGAAUUGGUCAGACAGAUCGGGGCCCUGGAAAACCACUAUUUAUUCAAGCACUACAGCCAUCCUCGCCGAGCCAAAAGAAGUGCCGGCCACAUCACCAAGAGACUGUCAGAGGAUGACAGGGUGUCGUGGGCGGAGCAACAGUACGAGAAGCAGCGUAGGAAGCGUGCACCGUUGCCGGGGGGAUGCCAAAACUGCCCCGUGGAAAAGCUCUUCGACGACCCCAUGUGGAACCAGCAGUGGUACCUGCAAGACACCAGGACGUCCCCGUCCCAGCCCAAACUGGACCUCCACGUCAUCCCCGUGUGGAAGAAGGGCAUCACGGGGAAGGGCGUGGUCAUCACCGUGCUGGACGACGGGCUGGAGUGGAACCACACGGACAUCUACCCCAACUACGAUCCGGCAGCAAGUUAUGACUUCAACGACAACGACCCUGAUCCGUUUCCCAGAUACGACUCGACCAAUGAGAACAAGCACGGGACCAGAUGUGCUGGGGAAAUCGCCAUGCAGGCCGACAACAACAAGUGUGGCGUGGGAGUGGCUUACAACUCCAAGGUUGGAGGUAUCCGGAUGCUGGAUGGGAUCGUGACGGACGCCAUCGAGGCGAGCUCCAUCGGCUUCAGCCCCGACCACGUGGACAUCUACAGCGCCAGCUGGGGCCCCAACGACGACGGCAAGACGGUGGAGGGGCCCGGCCGGCUGGCCCAGAAGGCCUUCGAGUACGGCAUCCAGAAGGGGCGGGGCGGAAAGGGUUCGAUUUUUGUCUGGGCCUCCGGGAACGGGGGCAGGCAGGGGGACAACUGCGACUGCGACGGCUACACGGACAGCAUCUACACCAUCUCCAUCAGCAGCGCCUCGCAGCAGGGCGUGUCCCCCUGGUACGCCGAGAAGUGCUCCUCCACCCUGGCCACCGCCUACAGCAGCGGCGACUACACCGACCAGAGAAUCACCAGCGCAGACCUGCACAAUGAAUGCACAGAGACGCACACAGGAACGUCCGCCUCCGCCCCACUGGCUGCUGGGAUAUUCGCCCUGGCUCUGGAGCAAAAUCCUGAUCUGACCUGGAGGGACCUGCAGCACCUGGUGGUUUGGACCUCGGAGUUCGACCCACUGGCCAACAACCCCGGGUGGAAGAAGAACGGAGCCGGACUCAUGGUGAACAGCCGAUUCGGGUUCGGCCUCCUGAACGCCAAGGCCCUGGUGGACCUGGCCGACCCCAAGGUGUGGAAGCACGUGCCCGAGAAGAAGCAGUGCAUCGUGAAGGACGAGACCUUCGAACCCAGGGUUUUAAAAGCGGCAGGCGAGAUCACCAUAGAGAUCCCCACCAAAGCCUGUUCCGGACAGGACAACGCUAUCAAGUCCCUGGAGCACGUGCAGAUGGAGGCCAGCAUCGAUUACACGCGCCGGGGGGACCUCCACAUCACACUCACCUCCCCCUCAGGCACCAGCACCGUCCUGUUGGCUGAGAGGGAGAGGGACACCUCCUCCAACGGAUUUAAGAACUGGGACUUCAUGUCGGUGCACUCAUGGGGGGAAGACCCUGCCGGGACCUGGACCCUAAAAAUCACCGAUGUGUCGGGGCGGAUGGAGAACGAGGGGCAGAUUGUCAGCUGGAAGUUGAUCCUGCACGGGACGUCCGAGCGCCCGGUGCACAUGAAGUCGGGGCGGGUCUACGUCCCCUACAACGCCGUCCAGAACGACCGCAGGGGCGUGGAGAAAAUGGAGGAGGUCCCUACCGAAGCUCAGGUAGCCAAGAAGGCCUCGCCCGCAACCGUGUCUCCACCAGGGGGCGCCCUGCAGGAAGGCGCCUCCUCCGCCGCCCUCAUGCGUCUGCUCCAGACCGCCUUCAACCGGCAGACGCCCGCCGGCAAGCCCCGCCCCGCCCGUCCCUUACCGCCCACCAGCCCCGCCCACCAGAGGGAGGGGCAGGAAGUGGAGGAGGGGCCGAAGAGCGCCGCCCCCCGAAUCUCCUACCAGAAUCUGUACCAGGCUCUGGACCGGCUGAACCGCUACCAGAGCCCGGAGGAGAGCCUGUACAGCGACUACAGCGAUGGCUUCUACAGCGCCAAGCCCUACAGGCACCGUGACGACAGACUGCUGCAGGCCUUCUUCGACAUGCUCGCGGACGGCAGCCAGUGAGGCCGGCCACAGGGGGCGCCAGAGAGUCGGGGGGGGGGGGGGGGG